AUGGGCGAGGAAGACCGCAGACCGACCUCCGAAAACGCCACUCUUUUCCAGGCAUUCGAAUGGAACGUCCCUGCCGAUAACGCACACUGGAAACGGCUUACUAGAGUUCUACCCGCUCUCUCUUCCGCCGGCAUAAGCGCACUCUGGCUGCCACCGGGCUGCAAAGCUGCGUCCCCCGAAGGUAACGGCUACGACAUCUACGAUCUGUACGAUCUAGGCGAAUUCGAACAAAAGGGCACUCGGGCAACGAAAUGGGGCACUAAGGAAGACCUUCUUGAACUCAGCAAGCUUGCCAAGGAGAAGGGCGUAGGUCUCCACUGGGACGCGGUGCUCAACCACAAAGCGGGCGCAGACAAGACAGAGAAAUGCCGUGUCAUUGAAGUCGACGAGAACGACCGCACAAAAGAAAUCUCAGAGCCGUAUGAGAUCGAGGGAUGGCUGGGCUUCGACUUUCCCGGCCGCGGCGACAAAUAUUCCGCGAUGAAGUACCACUGGGAGCACUUUUCAGGCACGGACUGGGACCAGGCCAACGAAAAGAAAGCUAUCUACAAGAUCCAGGGCGAUAACAAGGGUUGGUCUAACAGUGUUGACGCAGAGCAGGGCAACGCCGACUACAUGAUGUUCGCGGACAUCGACUACAGCCACCCUGAGGUUGACGCCGAUGUAAAGAAUUGGGGGACAUGGAUCACGAAAGAGGUCGGCCUAAGUGGCUUCCGGCUUGACGCCGUGCAACAUUUCAGCGAGCGCUUCACAAAUGAGUGGAUCGAUAACCUGCGCGAUACGUGCAGUCACGACAUCUUCCUCGUUGGCGAAUUCUGGAAUGGUAAUGUAGAGCAAAUGCUUCCCUGGCUAGACGCUAUGCACCACAAAUUCAGCCUCUACGAUGCACCCCUCGUGUACAACUUCAGCUCUAUUAGCACGACCGAAGGCGCCGAUCUACGCAAAGUCUUUGACAAUACGCUUGUCCAACGCGUACCAGAGAAGGCAGUCACAGUCGUUAUGAACCACGACACGCAGCCCGGACAGACAGUCGCAACACCCAUCGAGGGCUUCUUCAAGCCGCUGGCAUACAGCCUUAUCCUCCUGCGUGGGGAGGGCUACCCUUCCGUGUUCUAUGGCGACAUGUACGGCAUGCAGGGCGAUCAUGCGGAGCCACCUGCCUGUGGGAAUAAACUCGCCGACCUGGUGCUUGCGCGAAAACUAUAUUCGUAUGGCGACCAGGAAGACUACUGGGACAAUGCGAAUUGCAUUGGGUGGGUGAGGAGGGGGACAUGGGAUAAACCGGCGGGGUUGGCGGUCGUUAUGAGCAACAAGGGACCUGGAGAGAUACGGAUGGCUGUGGGAGAGACGCACAAGGGUGAGAGAUGGACGGAUGUACUUGGUUGGGAAGAGGAUGAGGUUGAGAUCGACGACGAGGGAUACGGGGUGUUCAGAUGCCCGGGCGUCAGUGUGAGUGUUUGGGUGAGGAAGGAUGCCGAGGGUCGGGAUCAAUUCCCCGUGAAUCUCGAUUCGAACAUCUACGAGAAGUAG